AUGGCUUCCUCUAUGAACGAUUUUAAUCAUUUAAAGGUAAAAACGUUGUAUUUUCUCCGCGUAUUUUGCAAGAAAUAAUAACAAAUAUUUAAACUCUAUGUUUUUUAUUUGCAGAAUCAGAUAAACAAAGCACUCGGAGAUGCUUCUAUAGUUGUAAAAAUAUCUUGUGGUCUCGUGUCAUUAUUUUAUGUGCUGGGGUAUAUUCCUCAUGUUUACGAUGUUUUGGCUGUGACGCCAGGCUCGUAAGUACAACAUUAUACAGUUCCUUAAAUAUUUGUACAGACAGGAGCUUUAGAGGCUGCUUCCAAUUUUAUUCACAAACAUAUAUACACUACAGUAUAUUGCAAAAUCGCCUAAGAUAUUCACACAAUUUAAAUAUAUUUUCACAUAUUCUUGCCGAUCAGUUUAGUAAUUGACACUUUUGAACUCUCUUUGAAUGUCCAAAAAUAUGAUAUAAGUAUUCCACUGAUUUGACAGUUUUGAACUCUCUUUGAUGUGCAAAAAUAUGAUAUAAAUAUUCCGUUUGUAUAAGACCGUAUAUUCACUACAUUGUAAUUUGUGAAAUUUGUUGAUCUUUGACUUUUAGCUUGAUUCCCCCACAUUUUAAAAUAUGGACUCUUAUAACUGGAGGAUUUAUCGAAUACAGAGUGUGGAAUGUAAGUAUGCUUGGUACUUGACAGUCGGAACCAUAUGAAUCAUGUAAUGCAAGAAAUAUUUGAUAGUUUUGAUGGUCUGAGUACGUGUCUGGCAGGUCCGGCUGCAUUUUAAGUGGGCUACGCCGAAAGAUCUUUGACAUGAGUUUGGUGAAUUACAUAUUGUAUAGAGUCGCCAUGGAAUGCACCCUGGCUCACAGGAUAUCUGGUGUUAUCCAGUAUGAAAAAGCUGUGUACUAUAUGUGUUUGGGUGUGUCAUAUUGUUCUACCAGUUACCAAUGGCCAAUGCCAGAUAAAAAGUAAUGUAAAGAUACCAGUAAAUGGUGUCUGACACUGUAUCUGAUAUCAUAAUUAAUAGCCAAUAGACUAACAACCCUGCACAUUUGUUGAAACUUCACCAGACAAUUUCAUUCACCCGAGAAACUGCACUGAAGUGUGAACAUUUUAAUAGAAAUUGUCUGUACCAUGGCCAAUGCCAGAACCCCAUUGUUUCAUGAAUAUAUACUUGCCUUCCCACCCUAUAACAAAUUAUUUUAAAAACCUGUUUCCAUGUUAGGUUGUUGCAGAUAUUAUAGUUCUGGUUCUCUGUGGACGAAUUCUUGAACCAUUGUGGGGAGCUCUCGAGUUUUUGGUACUGUUAUCUCUUGGUUGCUAUUCAAGUUAUUGCACAUUGCCAUGAAAAAAAGUAUUUAUUCAUUUCUGCCAUUUAUAUAUCUAGAAAUAUAUAACCAUCCUGAAUGUGGGUACCUCUCUGAUUGCAUCUGGAUUAUGUUUACUUUACUAUCUUGUAACUGACAACAUAUAUGUGUGGUAGGCAUCAUUUUUUUAUCUGUUAUACUGUCUAGUACCAGUACUGUUCUUUUUGUGGCAUAUAUAAUUAAUACAUGAAUGGUUAUGUUGUCAAUGUUUUUAAGGUUUCUAACAUUUAGUGGCAUGAAUGGCAUCCUGGCAGGUGUUACAGUUGCAUUAAAACAAUCUGUUCCAGAAACAGAAUUAAAACUUUUAAUGUUGAGCAUUAAGGUCAAGGUAAGAUUUUCCAGAGGUUCGGUUUUGUGGCACAGGAGAUGUUAACUUUAGAAAUAUUUAACUUUUUAUAGGAACAAACAAAGUGACCCAUUUAGUGCUAGUGCUCUUCUUUACUUUGACUAGUAAACCCCCCCUGGCAUUAGACAGAGUAAAUUAUAAAGUAGGGCACAUUGCAACAUAGCUUAAACUAAAUCUCUCAAUUAUAUUUAUGUGAUCCAAAUACAAGACUAUAGCUACCACAUAUAAUGAAAAUAAUGAUUUUCUUACUGACUGCAUGGUAAUUAACUUGCAGUUGAUUACAAUCUUCUACAUGAUAAUGUUUUAUGAAACCUACCUAUAGAUAUGUAGAAUGAUCCUCUUGUCCUUGACUUAAACUAAGAUAUAUAUGUUGCUGUGUAGUGUCCCAGGAUUGCCAUUGACCAAUACUCUACUAACCAUCACUCAAUAUCCAACCAAUCCAUUUCUAGUAUUUACCAUCCCUCAUGGUGUUGUGUAGUGUCCCUCUCUGGCUGGUUCAGCUCCUACCUCUGAUCAAUGUGAUCCUUACCAUCAGUGGUGUGAUACUUGGCUGGAUAUAUCUACGUUUCUAUCAACAGAAAGGAAAGGGAGCGAAGGGAGACUUGAGAGAUGGUUUUGCAUUUUCUACAUUCUUUCCCGAACCACUACAGUAUGUCUGCUAUUUUCAAACCUAUUGUAUUCUAAUAUGGCAGUUGUCCAUUUUAGAUGUUUGUCCAUGUGGGUCACACCCCAACUAAUUUUAAUAAAGGCCUGUUGACGAUUGGUCAUAUAAUCAGGGACGCCGGAACUAGGGGGCAGCCGCCCCCAUUGCCCUUUACCAGGAGGGGCAAGGGGGGCAAAGGUGCCCUUUCAAUUUAAAGGAUUGCCUUGGCAAAAUAGCGAAUUGUCAGUGCAAUUCUUUUACGAAUUUACUUCAGAAAACGCAAGAAAUACAGCCAUCAAGCUUCAAGAAUAGCACAAUCGCCUGGCGGAGAACCCCCUCACACCCCUAUCAUCCAAUAAAUAGAAAACAUGAUUAGGCAAAGUUCAACUCCUGAUGUUUUGCAAACAUCUCUUAGUAUAUAUCAAUUCAAAAGUGCCCUUUCGCGAAAAUCUGCCCCCCUUGCCUUCACAUCAUUCCGGCGUCCCUGCAUAUAAUGAUUGUCAUUCUGGUAUAUAAAAAUCAUUGCCAACCAAUCACUGAAUCAUGACUGGAUGGAACAAUAUUAUUCUGCAUAGGGUCUUUCCAUUAACACAUCAUUCCAUAUUCCAUAUGCAGUAUGUUUAUAUUUCAGGGCACCAGUAUCUACAGUUUCAAACUUGGUGUUCAACUGGUUAAUCAAGUUCAAUAUUUGUUCAAAACCAAUCAGAACUUACGAUGUAGGAGCUCCGUCAGCCAUCACCAUCAGCCUGCCAGGAAUGGACCCAGCUGAUGCUGAAAGAAGAAGGUAGAAUAUAUAUAUUGGGUUUUUUUAGGUAGAAUAUAUAUAUUUUGCUCUCAUCAAGGGGAGAGCACUGGCACUUGAUGUGUUAAUCUGCCUAUGUGUUUAUAUAGUUAAGUUGCUGCAACUUUUGGUCACUAGUAUCAAUUUGUUGUACCAUAUAAAAAAAAUGCUUUAGUGUUCAAAACUUCUGUUUAAGAAACAAGCAGGUAUGCUUCACUAAGGUGAACUAUAUUGUGUUAUAUUUGCAGACAAAAAGCCCUGAAAGCUCUCGAUGAACGAAUGAGUAAACUAGAGCAGCCUGCAAGCUGGCCCAGCCUGGAUGACCCCGCAGAAGACAAGACUUUGAAGGAUAUCGAGGUGAUUGAGGAACCUGACGUGGUAAUCGUGGAACAUAAGGACCCUAAAGUAGACUCUACUGAUACAACUACAGUUGAAAUAACAUAA